AUGCCUGUGACAGAAAAAGACAUAGCCAACCUGGGUGCAAACUCAAUUGCUUCCAACAACACUUCAAGCUCCUUAAAAAAACAAGACAAUAAAAUAAUCACAUACACUGAAUCAAAUUCAUCUUUAGAGUCAGAUGAGAUUUCAAAGAACCCGUUUUUAGAUCCCAAAGUUGAGGAAUAUUACCGUGAUUUAUACGAAGAUUCAAAUUACGAAAGUUAUCGUGCUUUCGAUCCACAAUUCACCUGGAGCAAAGAGGAAGAAAAUAAAGUGAUUAAAAAGAUCAACCUCCGAGUAGCAUUGACAGCAUGUAUUCUUUUUGUGGGGCUACAAGUUGAUAGGGGGAAUCUCCAACAAGCAGUCAGUGAUAACUUAUUGAAAGAUUUGGGUAUGACAACAAAUGACUACAACACGGGAAAUACUAUUUUUUACGUUUGUUUCUUGGUUGCUGAGCUUCCUUCUCAAUUAAUUUCAAAAGCAUUAGGUCCAGAUAUCUUUAUUCCAAUCCAAAUGUGUGCGUGGUCAAUAGUUGCUAUGUGCCAAGCAGCUUUAAAAGGAAAAACAUCAUUUUUUGUAACUAGAGCUCUCAUUGGUAUUUUAGAAGGUGGGUUCAUCGCUGACUUGGUGUUAUGGUUGAGUUAUUUCUUUACAAGUAAAGAGUUACCAGUGAGAUUAUCAUGGUUCUGGACCACUUUAUCCUUGGUGCAAAUUGGUACCUCAUUGUUAGCGUUCGGUAUUUUAAGGAUGAGAGGUGUGGCUGGAUUAGAGGGGUGGAGAUGGCUCUUUUUACUUGAAGGUAUAAUUACACUUAUAAUUGGUAUUGCCGCAUUCUAUUUAAUGGUCCCAUCAGCAGUGCAAACAAAAAACUGGAUGCACCCCAAAGGUUGGUUUACUGACCGUGAAGAGAAGAUUGUCGUCAACAGGAUUUUGAGAGAUGACCCUACAAAAGGAUCCAUGCACAAUAGACAGGGAAUCACUCCUAAAGCACUUUGGAACAGUUUAACUGAUUACAAUCUUUGGCCCAUUUAUGCUAUUGGUGUUGUUGCUUACAUCGGUACUAGUACCUUCGGUGCCUACUUUACAUUGAUGAAUAAGCAAUUGGGAUUCUCGACUUUUAACACUAACUUAUUAACCAUCCCGCAAGCUGUUUUGCAUAUUAUACUAUUGUUAGCGAUUACCUGGUUUUCAGAAAAGGUGAAUGAUAGGGCAUUUGUUGCUUUAAUUGCACCAUUUUAUGCUCUCCCACUCAUAGCUAUUAUAAGAUGGUGGCCAGGUGCUGGUAAAAACAUUUGGGCAACUUAUGUUUUAAACACAUUAUACGUUGGGCAGCCUUACAUCCACGCAAUUUGUGUUUCUUGGGUAUCGAGAAACUCAAACCAUGUCAGAACCAGAUCAAUAUCAUCGGCAGUGUACAAUAUGUUUGUUCAAUUGGGUUCCAUUAUCGCCUCCAACAUUUACAGAAAGGAUGAUUUGCCUUUAUACAAACGUGGUAAUAUGCAAUUGUUUUUUAUAACUUUGACUUUAAUCCCUGUUUUGCUCUUAGCCAAGGGCUACUAUGUUUGGCAAAACAAGAGAAGAAAUAAGGUGUGGAAGGCCAUGACUGAGGAAGAAAAGGAUGCUUACAGAAAAACCACCAAAGAUGAAGGCGCCAAGAGGUUAGAUUUUAGAUUUUCCCAUUAG